AUGGUUGAAUAUUAUGUGAUGGGGGUUAUACGAAUAUCGAUGGAUGAAUGCAUGGAUAUGGAUGCGAAGAUAGAGAUAAAUGGGGCUGCAGAAGAUACUCAGAUCUACAAUGGAUGGAAGGGUCGACACCUGAGCUACCAGCGUGGAAAGCGCGUCACCAACCCCAACACAAGUCUUAUCAAGCUCGAGGGCGUCGAGGACUCCAAGGCCGCUACUUUCUACUCCGGCAAGAAGGUCGCUUUCGUCUACAGAGCCAAGCGCGAGGUCAGAGGGUCAAAGAUCAGAGUCAUCUGGGGCAAAGUCACCCGGCCACACGGAAACUCUGGUGUUGUCCGCGCCCAGUUCCGACACAACCUACCCCCCAAGUCGUUCGGUGCAUCCGUCAGAGUCAUGCUUUACCCAUCUUCCAUCUAG